GCAGACUGCUAUGAGUUAUGCCCUGCAAUUUUAAAUGAAAAAAAAGACAGAGCACAUAUUUCUUUACCAUACAGUAGUAACGUGAAGUACGUGCUAGUAACGUGUGAAGUUUAUAUUCUUGAGUGAAAAGCAGAGAAGGGGCAGGGGGUUCACGAGGCCUCAAACUUAUAUAAACCUCUCACCUAGGCGUGUGAAGCAGCGAGUUGACAGUAAGAGAAUCAGAAGUUCAGCACCGACCGGUUUAGUUUUCCACCACAAACUUACACAACACUCGACUGUGCCACAUCGCCGGCCAUGGCAACAGAGGCGCAGAGGCUCCUCCAGGUGAGCACCAAGAUCAUCGGUGUCAGUACCAACUACAUGGUGCACGUCAAGGAGCCCGGCAACGUCCCCAAGGUGCCCACGCUGUUCCUGAAGCCUACCUCGUCGUUCCUCCACGCCGGCACGGUCAACGCUGCCAUUGAGGUGCCCGAGCCACUUGAGUCGCUGCGCCAUGAGGCCGAGUUCGCCGUCAUCAUCUCCCGACGAGCGCGUGAUGUCCCCGAGGCAUCCGCCAUGGACUAUAUUGGAGGUUAUGCACUUGCUUUGGACAUGACAGCAAAAGAACUUCAGCUUGCUGCUAAGGCUGCAGGUGAUUCAUGGGCUAUGGCAAAAGGACAGGACACCUUUACUCCAAUCAGUGCAGUUAUACCAAAAUCGGCUGUCACUGAUCCCCAUGAUCUGGAGUUGUGGCUUAAGGUGGAUGAUGAACUCAGGCAGAAGGGCUCCACAGGUGAUAUGAUAUUCAAGAUUCCUUAUUUGGUCAGCUAUAUCAGUUCCAUCAUGACGUUAAUGGAGGGAGACGUGAUCCUGACUGGUACUCCGGCGGGUACAGGUCCUGUCCGAGUAGGCCAGAAGAUCAAAGCGGGCAUUACUGGCUUCGCUGAUAAUGAUAUGGAGUUUGAUGUUCAGAGGCGCAAGCGGCUGUUUUCUACCUGAAGCAAUAUAUAAGCGACAGAUCGUACGUAAUGGUGUCGUCCUCAACCAUUACCGGCCACUUCCUGGAGCAACUGCAGAUGAUUGUUCUUGUGCUUCCUUGUUCGUAUGUGUGGUACUUGAUGAAAUAAGCUAUGCUCCUAUGAUUCUGUGAAUGUGGUUGUAGUCUCUCGCUUCUGCAAUAAAAUGUCCCUUAUUUUGGUUCGUGA